AUGCGUCAGGGUCUGGGCGUCCGGCGAUCCGCCCCCUACGGCCUGGCCUCGGAGCAGAACCGGGCCGUGCGAGCGGCACAAUCUCAGAACAGUCUACCCUCGGCGCCCGACUCUGAGCGUGGCUGGCGCGGACUCGGCGGACACGCCGGCGGCGGCGGCGUCGAGACUGGAGCCUGCGGCGCCGGCGACCGUCAGGGCCGGCUGGAAGAGGUGAGAUCCGGCUUUGUUCUGCGCUCCAGCUCGUGUCCCAGUUCGCAUCCUGUCGGCAGUCCCAGUCUGGCCGCUUCGUCCGGCUACCGGAGCGGCUUCUCCAGCGGCUCCGGCAGCGAGACUGGCGGCGUCAGUCUGUUGGGCAAAAAGUUCUCCUUCCGAAAGCACUUGUUCCGCCGUCUCCGCAAGCAGAAGUCGACCGGCGACUUGUCCACCUGCCACAGUCUGGCCGGCAUCAGCACCGCGACUUCCGGCGGCGUGAGUGGCGGCGCCGGCGCCGGCGUCGGCGCGGGCGGAUCGAGUCUGGCCGGUCUCUUCUCGAGUCGCGCCGGCCGAUCCGGCGGCUCGUUGCGCUCCGUGCACAGCGGCUCGACGACCAACUCGGUGUUCGGCGUCAAGGUGACCGGCCAUGCCGGCGGACAGGUCGGGGAGGCGGGCCACCUCUUCCACGACGAGCCGCUGGGACCGAAUGUCGUGGAGACGUACAGCGGCCAGUGGAACGAGGAUCGGCGGUCGGGCUACGGGAUCGCCGAGCGCUCGGACGGCCUGCGCUACGAGGGCGAAUGGUUCAGCAACAAGAAAGACGGCUACGGGGUAACCUUUUUGCGCGACGGCAGUCGGGAGGAGGGUCGGUACAAAGAGAACCUUCUGGUGCAGGCGUUGAAUAAGCGGAGCAAGCUUUUCAUGUUGCGUCAUUCGCGACUGCGAGAUCUGGUCGAGGAGGCACAGAAAAAGGCGCAGGAGGCGGCCAGAGAAGCCCAGGAGAAGUCGGCAGAGAUGUCCUAUCAACGGUGA